CUGAUAGUUUGUGACAGCUGAGGAGCUGAGGCCACACCAAAGUGUCACAUCCUCUGCCACUUCUCUUUUAGAGUAACAGUGUUAAUACAGUCAGUUCAGUUUUGCAGUGGGAGAGGCACUCCUCCCUCCUACUGAAAUAUUACAUCAAACCAUACCAAGAUGGCCUCCUUGUCAGUAGAUCCAGUGACGGAGCCACGGAUGUACCAGCAAACGCUUCUACAAGAUGGGCUCAGUGAUCUCCUGGAUGCUAACAAGUUUGUGGACUGCGUUCUGAAGAUCAAAGACAAAGAGUUUCCUUGUCAUCGGCUAGUGCUAGCCGCUAGCAGCCCUUACUUCAAAGCCAUGUUCCUUUCAGACCUGGAAGAGAGCAAAAAGUGGGAGAUUGUCCUAAAAGACAUUGAACCUGGAGUCAUGGGAAUGAUCCUAAGGUACAUAUACACCUCGGAUAUCAACCUGACUGAGCAAAACGUCCAAAACAUUUUCAUGGCGGCGAACGUGUACCAGAUUCCAUCAAUCUUCAGCGUCUGUGUCUCGUAUCUACAGCAGAAGCUGGUUCUUAGUAACUGUCUGGCCAUUUUUAGACUGGGUCUGUUGCUGGACUGUCCACGUUUGGCUAUGGAGGCUCGGGACUUCAUCUGUGACCGGUAUGCCCUCAUCAUUCGGGACCAGGACUUCCAUCAGUUGGGUCCCAGUGAGUUGGCGGCUAUCAUCACAUGUGACUCUCUGAAUGUGGAACGAGAAGAGUUGGUGUUUGAAUCUCUCAUGGACUGGGUGGAGUACGACACGGGCGAGAGGUUGAAAGACCUGCCACAACUUCUACACUGCGUACGUUUCCGACUUAUACCAACGAGUUACUUUAAAGAGAAAGUCGAGGGCCACAGAUUGAUCAGGACGAAUCAGGAGCUCAAGAAGGAGCUUCAGAUCGUCAAGGAUGCACAGAAAGGAGUGCUAAACAGGGUCAAAAGGGUCAAGGAGGAAGGCGGGACAGCAGAUUCUGAGGACGAGGAUGAGGAGGGUUUGCUCCCGGGAAUCCUAAAUGACAAUCCACGUUUUGGAAUGUUUCAGUCAGACCUUUUAUUGAUGAUUAGCGAUACAGGAACAGUAGCGUAUGACGUUGGUGCAAAUGAGUGCUACGUGGCAUCUUCAUCCACCGAGAUCCCUAAGAACCAUUGCAGUCUUGUCACAAAGGAAAAUCAGAUCUUUGUUGCUGGAGGUCUGAUGUACAAUGAAGAGAACAAAGAAAAGCCAUUCAGUUCCUACUUUCUUCAGUUUGAUCCCAUGAGCUCUGGAUGGUUGGGGAUGCCCUCACUACCAGACCCUCGGUGUCUGUUCGGUCUGGCGGAGGCUGAGAACUCUAUCUAUGUGGUGGGAGGAAAAGAACUGAAGGAGGGAGAACGUGCGCUAGAUUCUGUUAUGAUCUACGACAGGCAGUCAUUCAAAUGGGGAGAGUCGGACCCUCUUCCAUACGCAGUUUAUGGACACGGAAUUGUUUCGCACAAAGGACUGGUCUAUGUGAUCGGUGGAAAAACUGAGAGCAAGAAAUGCCUGAGGAGAGUAUGUGUCUAUGAUCCCUCUAAGUUUGAAUGGAAGGAUCUGGCACCCAUGAAAACUGCCCGCUCGCUGUUUGGCACUGCUGUUCACCAAAACAAAAUCUAUGUGGUGACUGGAGUCACUGAUAAUGGCCUGACUAGCAGUGUGGAGGUCUAUGACAUCGCCAGCAACUCCUGGUCAGAGUUCGUGGAGUUUCCUCAGGAGAGAAGCUCUCUUAACCUGAUCCAACUGGGCGGCUGCUUAUAUGCUGUGGGGGGUUUUGCUAUGAUGCCCAAUGAGACCACAGAAAAACUGGAACCCACUGAAAUGAAUGAUAUAUGGAAGUUUGAGGAGGAGGAGAACUGCUGGAAUGGGAUUCUGAGGGAGAUUCGUUAUGCUGCAGGGGCCACUGUGGUUGGAGUAACUCUGAACACCUUGAGAUUCACCAAGAUCUGAUCUACAGCUCUCAUCUAUUGACAAAAUAUCACCCACAUCUUCAUAAAGAGCAAUACAUAUUCCAUUGAAUAACUUGUCACAGACUUUGCUUAAUAUUGAUUUAGUUCGCUUGUGAUAGAUCUUGAAGCUGCAGUCGGUAACUUUUGACGCUCUAGCGGUUAAUAAACAGAACUGCUUGCAUGUUGCGGAAGGACAUUGUAGCCGGAACUACUUCUC